AGAAGACACCAGCGCCAAGGGAAGUGAGCCACAAUCUGUUAAAUCUCUGAGUAAAGCAAACAACUAAACCGCUGCUCGGAAGGAAAUCAAAGAAAAAGGAAAACGAGAAAAAAGUGGCAAUUUUACAUUUCGCAUAUCUUUUAACACGUCAGCCGCUCAGUCAGUGGGGGUCAUUGCCAAAAGCCACUCGCUUUGCCAUUUGGGGUUGGCUAAGACAAAAAAAGCAAAAAAAAAAAAAAAAAACAAAAAGACCAAAGAAGGCAUUCUUCAUAACUGCACACACACAAAAUUGAAAAUAAACAGUUUUCACAGAAGAAGCCAACGGCAAACAUGUUUUAGGCAAUACAAGCAAAAGGGCCUUGCAAGGAAAACAUUUUCAAAUUAUGGAUUUUCUCAUCGUCUCCAUGCUGGUGGCUAUUGUGACAGUGGUCUUGAAGCUAAGAACAACAUAUUUGUUGUUUCAAAGAAAGCCACGCAUAAAGGUUAAAUACGAUCCCAAACAACAUGACCCCCAGGCAAAUGUCAUCGAUGGCUCUGGUCGCUGCUAUCCCAAUUGUGAUUCCACUGUUUGGCUUAGAUCCUGCGAAAAGGAAAUCACUGAGCCUUUGGAGGGUCAUGUCAUAGGCACCAUCCCUGUUUGGCUAAAUGGCAGUCUGCUGCGUAAUGGUCCUGGCAGCUGGAAAGUGGGUGAUAUGACUUUUCAACAUUUAUUCGAUUGUUCGGCUUUGCUGCAUCGCUUUGCCAUUCAUAAUGGCAGUGUUACAUAUCAAAAUCGUUUUGUGCAAACCGAGACGUUGAAAAAGAAUAAUGCGGCACAGCGUAUUGUGGUCACAGAAUUUGGAACUGCAGCUGUGCCAGAUCCUUGUCAUUCAAUAUUUGAUAGAGUUUCGGCCAUGUUUCGCCCCGAAAGCGCCAGUGAUAACAGCAUGAUUUCCAUAUAUCCCAUUGGUGAUGAGCUAUACACAUUUGCUGAAACUCCUUUUGUGCAUCGAAUAAAUCCCCGCACCUUGGCCACCGAAGCUCGUAUCUGCGUUAGUGACUACACCGGUGUUAUUCAUCACACCUCACAUCCGCAUGUACUCUCGAAUGGCACUGUCUACAAUUUGGGCUUGGGUUCAACAAAAUCAGGACCAGUUUAUCAAAUCAUAUGCUUUCCUCAUGGUGAGGAUAUGUUCGAGAAUGCAUAUGUUAAGGCUCAAAUACCUUGUCGUUGGAAACUCAAUCCCGGGUAUAUGCAUACCUUUGGCCUAACCGAGAACUAUUUUGUGAUAGUGGAGCAACCCUUGUCCGUCUCCUUGUCCGAGUACAUAAAGACACAAGUUUUCAAUCAAAAUAUGUCGGCUUGUUUGAAAUGGUUUGAUGAUAAGCCAUGCUAUUUCUAUUUAGUCGAUCGCCAGACAGGCGAAUUGGCCCAUAAAUUCCAAUCGAAUACCUUUUUCUAUAUGCACAUCAUCAAUCAGUAUGAGCAAGAUGAUCAUGUGGUCAUCGACAUUUGUUGCUAUAAAAAUCCCGAGAUGAUUAAUAGCAUGUAUUUGGAAUCCAUUAUGAAUAUGCAAUCCAAUCCUAAUUAUGCUGCUGAAUUUAGAGGACGCCCUUUAAGAUUUGUAUUGCCUUUAACAACUCUUCAAAAUGAAAAUGGAUAUCUAGGACGAAGACAGCGUUUAAUGAAAUCCAUGACUUUGUCGGCUAUAAGUGCUCGUUUGCAACAACCCAAAUUGAAACGUUCCCAGUCCGAUUAUGAGGAUGUCACCUUUAUAGAGAAUAACACAAAUGCCACCACAGAUGAUUUCAAUUUUACAGCCAAAAAUGACAAAUACAAACCAUUUGCCAAUUUAGUCACCCUAGGAAACACCAAGGCUGAAGCAUAUCAAUUGGGAGGUGGGCCGAUUUUUGUACACCCAGAAUUGUUGUGUGAUUUGGGCUGUGAGACACCGCGUAUAAAUUAUGAUCGCUAUUUAGCCAAACCCUACCAAUACUUUUAUGCCAUCAGCUCAGAUGUGGAUGCUGAUAAUCCUGGAACGCUUAUCAAAGUUGAUGUCAUCAAUAAAACCUGCUUGACAUGGUGUGAAGAAAAUUGCUUUCCCAGUGAACCGAUCUUUGUGCCUUCACCAAAUGCUAUCGAGGAAGAUGAUGGUGUGGUUCUAGCCUCCAUGAUCUGGGGUGGUCUCAAUGAGAACAAAGUUGGCCUACUGGUAUUGUGUGCCAAAACCAUGAAUGAAUUAGGACGUUGUAUGUUUCAUACAAAUGGACCAGUGCCAAAAUGUUUGCAUGGAUGGUAUGCAAAGGAUCUUCUGUAGAUUCGCAAAGCGAAACAAAGAGAAAAGAGAGGUCAAAUGGAUUUCUUUUAUAAUUUUUAAUUUUUUUCAGGUGUUUUAUUAUUUUUUUUUUUUUUAUUAAUAUACGUUUGUCUGAUUAAAUUUUCUUAAUCUUAACUUAUUUUUUUUUAAAUAAUUAAUAAAGUAAAUAAAAAAUG